CAAACCGGCCCCAGGUUUUCUUCACCCCCAAGUUUACCAUCCACUGGUAUUUGAAACGGCUAGGCCCAAGUUUACAAUCCACUGGAAUUUGGAAGCGGCGCCCGCUGCCUUUUAAUCACGCUGAGGCGGGACUUGGGAUGCUGAGACCACUCCCCAAUCUGUUCACCCCAUUUCUCUUCGAUCGCCUAGAGUUUUCUUGGAUCUCAUCUCUUCUCUGAUUCUCUCUUCUUCGCCGCCCUUCCGUCGUCUAGUCUUUAAUCAUGGAGUCAUCGACGACGCCCGAACCCGUCUGCGCGAAGGAAGCCCUGGAUCUGCUCAACUGCACCAUCGAAUCGCCCUUCGAUCGGGAGAAAUGCCUCCGCUUCUUGGACGCCCUGCGGAAUUGCGUGCUCGAAAAGAAAGUGAAGAAGUUUUCAUUGGCUGGACAGAGCCAUGCAGCGGAAUUUCCCAAAAGCAAGGAGAACCGCUGAAUAUCCCUGAUAGGACCAACAGUAGAAAAUCUUGCAUUUUUCUCCCUGACUGAUUUUGUUGCCAUAUUAUGAGCGUUGGUUGAGGUGCAUUGGUGGGUUUGUCGCAACCAAAGGGAAAAUAAAGAGAAAUUUUGUAAUUGUACAAGUAAUUUGCUUACUACUACAAAUCUCUUUCUUCUGACUUAUUUCAGUUAGUUCUUUUUUUCGAUCAUGAAGAUAUUGCUGUCUAUGCAGCAAUAGCUCUGGAACUUGGAUACCGUGCAAUGCUUGUUAAUGAUUUUGGUUUAGGGCAUCAGUUGUGAAUUUUGGUUGUUAUUUUUCUGUAUUUUUCUAAAUUGAGGUGAUAAUGUUCAAACAUAUGGUCUUGGAAGGUGAUCAUCCUAACUGUUGAUCUUUUAUUCGUCAUCUUCUUUUUGUAAAGAAAAGGUAUUUUUUUCCCCUCUUUUUUGAUAAACAAACAUGUAGUCUUUUAAGGGUUUGUUUGGAUGUCUGGCAACUUGAUGUCAAUUGCCUCAGAUUCCCUAAUGAUAUUGGAAUUUACUUAAAAAAUGGGUUCAGUGUGUUGAUGAUCUUAUGUUUGUUUAGGUAUUUUGUAAUGAUUAGUAAUGCAUAUGAUUAGUUAAAACAUGAAUGAGAAUUUGUCUGGGGAGUGAAACAUAAACUGUGGCUCAUAUCAGAAAGGUCCUCGAUGCAAGUGGCGGACCGUCUGCCAACCAAGAGCUCCUCUAUGGGUUGCCCUUGUCUAUUGAUGCAAUGGCAUGCCGGCACUAGGAGGCGGAUCAGGAUAGGUGUCAUAAAGUCGUAUUGGAGAGCUAAGCCGGUCCCCAUUCGCCUAGUUGUCCGACUCUCCAGAGGCACAGGGUCAUCUCGAAGUUAACCCGUAUCUGAUUUACUUCCAAAAAGAGCAAGGUCCCCGAGAAGAAGAGACGUCAUAAAUCUUGCAUUCUUUUCUUUCUUCCUCCUCCCUCCCUCUCUCAUUGUACCGCUUGGUAGGUCCAACACUAUAGUUGUGCCGCCAGAAGCCACGCCCGCCUUCGCCCCCUUCCUUCUCCCAGAUCCUUCCACGACUCCUCUCCAUGCCUCGUUCACAAAAGAUUAGCUAGGCUCUCAAUUAACAACAAAAUAUUCCCUCCUAGCGCGUUCAGAGAAAGCGGAGAAAAAAAAUUCUCAAACCGCACCAAGAACUUUAUUUGUGUGCGGAGUCCGAGGGUUCCCAUAUUCGCCUCCCUCCUCCCUUUCUGUUCUUUCUGGUUCGAAACGUAAGCCCUUUCUCUGUCUCUCUUUUUUUCAAUUUUUGAUUAGCUUGGUACUGUGAAGCAGUUGAUGAAUCAGCGGACAUGCCGACAUCCGAGGCCUCGUCUUCCUCCUUUUCCUCGUCGUCCCCUUACCGCUUGUCGUCCUCCGACGCCGACCUGGGCUUCGGCGAGCGAGCCUUCUCCGCUGCUGGAGCUGCCGUCCUCUCCGCGAUCCUCGUGAAUCCUCUCGAUGUCGCUAAGACAAGAUUGCAGGCACAAGCAGCUGGAGUACCGUAUGAUCUUUCACAACAACAUGCUAUUAGGUGUUACCCAUCAUGCAACCCAGGUGGAAUCCAUGGUUCAGGGUCUGUUUGUCCUCCUGACUGUUUUCAGUACAGGGGAACACUGGAUGUAUUCUACAAGGUCAUUAGACAGGUGGGGAUAUAUUUACCAUGUUAUGAUAUAUUGCGCAAUUGGAUUGAAGAGUUUACAACACACAGUUCUCCUAACUUAACACCUUAUGCUCCCCUAGUUGCUGGCUCGAUUUCACGCUCACUAGCAUGCCUAGCAUGUUCUCCCAUUGAGCUGGCAAGGACACGCAUGCAGGCAUUUAAAGAAUCUCGAACUGGAGCGAGGCCACCCGGGAUGUGGAGAACUUUACUUGGCGUCCUUUCACCACACAGAAGUACAAAUUACAUUGGGAACUUGCAAGGUUAUCGUGUGCUAUGGACGGGUGUGGGAGCACAACUUGCCCGUGAUGUUCCUUUUUCUGCUAUUUGCUGGUCAACUCUUGAGCCGACAAGAAGAAGCUUACUUGGCCUAGUUGGCGAGGAAGGGAAUGCAGCUAGUGUUCUGGGGGCCAACUUCUUAGCAGGUUUUGUUGCAGGUAGUCUUGCUGCCGCUGCUACCUGUCCUCUCGAUGUAGCAAAAACACGAUGUCAGAUAGAAAAGGAUCCUGCAAAGGUGCUGAAAAUGACCACAAGGCAAACACUAGCUGAGAUUUGGAGGAAGGAAGGAGUGAAGGGACUUUUUACAGGUGUACGGCCGCGUGUUGGGCGUGCAGGCCCAUCUGUUGGAAUUGUUGUAUCUUUCUAUGAAAUUGUCAAGCAUGUCCUGCAUAGAAGACAUUCAAACUCGUGAGAAGAAGAGCCGGCUAUCUGUGGAAACUCCGACUUCCCUAACCCAGCAGCCCCCAAGGGGCUGUUCCUUGAUGAAGACAGAUGCGCUAAAGAUUUUGGAGAUGGUCGUGAUAUCCCAUGAAUAUCAUGGUGGAGCAUCCUUGCAUACUACUAGGUUUGGUAGGUUUGGGUACGUUUCACAAUUUCAGCAACAAGGAACAGGCAAAAUUGUUUAAUGGGAAACUGCUGGUGGCUCUCCAUGCUGGAUGACCGAUGUAUAGAUUUUAAAGAUCAAAUCACCCAAGGCAUUGGAGCGAGCGAAUGCCCUAGCUUGUAUAUCCCAACUAAACUAGGUAAUUAAUUGAAGUAGUUUGAUAUGGCUCAAGGUGGUCUGACAGAUGUCUGUUCUCAUCUUCUUAGCU